AUGACGGAGACGGAGGUCGGGCUUCGCGGAGUACAAGUACUCCUGACGGCAUUCACAAGUCCUGCACCUUCUAUUGUCCUGGGCGCAUUUCUCCUUGGACCCUCAACGGAUACAAGUAUCCUCGUGGGAUUCUCUGCGACGGAGACGCGCAUAUGGGGUGUCACUUUCCUCAUGUUCGCCGCUUCUGUUCUUGUUAUAACCAAGCCUCAUUGUUGCAAGACCAAAAAGAAUCAUCUGCUGGGAACUUCGAGGCGACAUAAGGCUCCGAUUUCAGUUGACCGCCUGACUACUAGAGCGACUACCCAACGUGGUACUGUCAAGGCGCUUUCGAACACACCUGAUAUCGAUCGUGAAUACAUCUCAAGGAUAGAAGGCGGAAAGCACUUUUAUUGCAAGGCCUGUAGCAACCCUUCAGGGUUUUACGCACGAUCGAACUGUUUGCCGAACAUACUGCAUUCCAACGCUUGUGUAUUAGGGGCAACAGCACUUAGUGUCCAGCUACGCAACAUGAACAGACCUGGCACCAGCGACAACGAUGAUUAUGCUGCAAUAAUUCCAGACGUGACAGACAGUCUUGGGCUCGAUACUCCGCCUGCAUCACACUCGUCUCCUACAUUCGGUUUCACCCUGCACAAGGUCCAGAUGGGAACAGGUCAUGUUCUUGUCAAAGUAUUCAGUGGCAUACCCCAGCAGUGUCUCAAUAGUGAUAAGACAGAAGUUUUAUCGAAGGACGCGGGUGGAAGCACCGGCUCUCGCUCUGCUGAGACCGCGCAGGCCGGACGGCCGACCGAAUCAGGGCAUGGUGCUACUAAUAAACCAUUCCGUGCUUUCACGCCUCCUCCGUCUCCAAACUCUGUGUCGAACAUAGUUACGUCGAGCAUGACAGAAUUGCUCAACUAUAAGGCCAAGAACAAAGCCUCCUCGUUGGAAGUUAUAUCGGGGUCUGUCGGAGACGAUCAUCAGCCAAUGUGGAGCACCAUCUGCACUAUCGAUGGCAAAGUUUAUGGAAAGGGAUCCAGCACUAAGAAGAGAGAAGCAAAUGAGAUAGCGGCAUGCGAGGCACUGGAACGUAUUUACAAGGAAAACCCAGGGCUAGCUGCGGACUCGUCUCCAUCGUACCUGUCGGCAUUCAAUAGUUACUUGGUAGCACAAGACCUUACUGAUAGGAUUGAGAUGAUAUGUGGUCAAUCGGGGCCAGCACACAUUCCGGAGUGGACUUGUAGGUUAAUCCGAGACGGAAAGCAGCUCUCUGUGGGAGUUUCGUCGACGAAGCAGAAGGCCAUGGAAGAGGCAGCGAAGAGAGCAGUAGCAGUCUGGAACAGCAUCUGA